GACGAGACGAGAUCCAAAAUUCCCUGGCGGUGGGCUGUGGGCUGUGGCUGGUAAUAAAGCUCGCGCCACGGGAGCCACGCACGCGGACGCCGGCAUAUUCGCCAAACGCAUCGCAUCGGCCUCAGCCACCGGCGCGGCUGCCCUCCUCUUCUCCGUCGAUCCGGAGAGGACUUUCUCUCGCCUGCUCGUCUCUCCCGCCCCCGCCGGCCGGCCGGUCCUCUUCCCGGCCCACUCCAUUCCGAUCGACCAUGGCGGCUACCGCCCCCAACGGCAAUCCCACUGUCAGCUCCCUCGCGGCAACCGUUCCGGUCCAGGCGGUUCUGUUCGACAUCGACGGGACCCUGUGCGACUCGGAUCCCCUCCACCACGUCGCUUUCCAAGAGAUGCUUCUCGAGAUCGGGUACAACAAUGGCGUGCCGAUAGACGAGGAGUUCUUCAUCAAGAACAUCGCUGGGAGGAGUGACGUCGAAGCUGCCCAGAACCUGUUCCCGGACUGGGAGCUUGAGAAGGGGCUCAAAUUCCUAGAGGACAAGGAAGCCAAAUACAGGAGUCUGGCAAAAGAGCGCUUGGUGCCUGUGAAAGGCCUCGCGAAGGUGGUCCAGUGGGUGAAAGACCACGGGUACAAGCGCGCGGCGGUGACCAACGCCCCCAGGAUCAACGCGGAGCUGAUGAUCUCGCUCCUGGGCCUCUCGGACUUCUUCCAGGCCGUCAUCGUCGGAGGCGAGUGCGAGCAGCCAAAGCCCGCGCCGUACCCUUACCUCAGGGCCCUCAAGGAGCUCCAGGUGUCCGCAGAGCACAGCUUCGUCUUCGAGGAUUCUCCUGCUGGUAUCCGGGCUGGCGUCGCGGCGGGGAUGCCUGUCGUCGGUGUGGCGACGAGGAACCCGGAGAAGUCCUUGGUGGAAGCAGGAGCCGCGUUGCUCGUCAAGGACUACGAAGAUCCUAAGCUCUGGGCAGCGCUUGAGGAGAUGGACGGAGAGGAAGCUAAGCUGAAGAAGGCCAGCGAAUGAUCUGAUAUGACGAUGAGCCAUUGAUUAGAUUUAUUGCAGAUUAAAUCUGCCUCCAGCAUGAUUCUGUUCCUAGUUAUGCGCUGCGGAGAGAGCUCACCUCAUCAGGGUAUUUAUGAGAUUCUAGCUUCGUAUAUUGUUUUUCUUCUUCUUGAUUGAACUGAGAUCAAAUAAGACAAAGCUGCUGUGCCUUGUUGUGUGCC